AUGCUGCUCUUGCAGGGAAACAACUACGGAGGCAGCACCGGAACUACUGCUAACACAUACGGCACGAGCGCACCGCACACCACCAGCCACAUGUACGAGGAGGAUUUCCUAUCCCGGGGGUCGCGAGGGUUCCCUUUGGGGCACGGGAUGAUCCCCACUCCACAGGCGUACUCCUUCGGCUUCCCCGUCCAUUCGGCACACGACCCCAUGGGAUUCUCAUUCGGCCAAUCUCAGCAGUUUGGAGGAUACCCGUCCUUCGGAAGCCCUGGGGAUCACAAGCGAAUACUGGGCGGGGGUGGAUGCGGAGGCGGCGGUCAGGGGGAAGUAAUGGACAAGAACCUGAAGAUCACUCUAGAGAACCGCGACCUCUGGUCCAAGUUCUCCUCCCUCGGCACAGAGAUGAUCAUCACCAAGACCGGCAGGCGGAUGUUCCCAACCCUGAAGGUGGGUCUAGAGGGACUGGACCCGCACUCCAAGUACAUCCUGCUCGUGGACAUUGUGCCACUGGAUGACUGCCGCUACAAAUACCACAAUUCUGAGUGGGUGGUGACGGGGAAGGCGGAGCCGCACAUGCCCGGCCGCCUGUACAUCCACCCUGACAGCCCAGCUUCCGGCUCCCACUGGCUCAAACAGCCCGUAACCUUCCACAAGCUCAAGCUCACCAACAACAACCUGGACCAGAACGGACAUAUAAUUCUGAACUCAAUGCACAAGUACCAGCCGCGGGUGCACAUCGUCCAGGCAAACGAUAUCUUCAGCAUGCGGUGGACUUCAUUCAACACAUACGCGUUUGAGGAGACAACGUUUAUCGCCGUAACCGCCUAUCAGAACGAACAGAUCACACAGUUGAAAAUUGACCACAAUCCUUUCGCGAAGGGUUUCCGGGACAACGGAAUGGGCCGAAGGGACCACAGGUUGACGUUGAAAAGGCCGGCUGAUGAUGGACUCUCAGACUAUGAGAAAGGUAGGCUCAAUUUCUCAAAGAAGCACAAGUCUGAUGAGGACUCUAUCGAACUGAAAUCGACCAAGAUCGAGAUCAAAAAGGACAGUCAGCUUGAGCCCCUGGAUCGCCCUGCGGACAGCGCCGACCUCCAGGACCCCGAACUCAGCCAAUGUCUCAGCAAAUCAGGCUCAUCUGGAAGCUCGCAUUUGUCUUCAAAGACGCCCCCGUUGCCAUCACAACAAAGUGCAACAAAUGCGUGUAACUACAGCUCGUUGUCAGGUUCAAGUCUCGGAAAACCGUAUGGGUCAUCGUGUAUGAGCGGUGGACUUGGAGGAGGAGUUGGUGGCGAGCCAACCGGUUACUACCCGCACCACUCGCCGGUAGAUCGCUCAACGUCCUCUUUCCUUCCGGUGACAAGUUCGCCGCCGUUGCUGCCGCCACAGGCGGCCGUGUCCUCCAGUCUUUCCCUGCACUCACUUUCCUCCAUGAGCCAGAUGCCCCAUUGUCGACUGCCGUCAUCCACUCUCUCCAACACGGACUGCGCUAUGCGACAACCCUCACAUCUAUCCGCUACCUCCAGCUUUGGCCUCAGGGGCGCCUCCCCGACCCCACAGCACCCGAGCCUCCCCUCGUGCACGUACAUGCAGACCACACAAGGCUCUGGCUACUCAUCACAUAUCACGCCAAACGUACACAUGAUGAACAUGAACUUCCCAGGUCCUAUGGCCUAA